CGUUAAUAAGAACUCAAAAACGGUCAACAAUGGUAGUAGAAUUUCAAGUUCUUUAACGUCCUUACUUCCUGGUUACAACCUGGAUACCAGAUCUCAGUCUGCAAGUGCCAAAACAAAUAUCAUAUUCUGGGGAACAUCAUCCAUAACAGAAAACGAAUUUUGGCGUAUUUUGAAUCCUUCGAAUGAAGAUCAAUAUGCUGAAAUUCGUCCUGCAAAGUAUUUAACUUUAUUGUCCGAUAAGAAUAUAAGCGAAUAUAACACUUCAAGAAAUGUACCGUCAUCUCAAGCAGACUGGAAAUUAAUUGCAAGGACUAUCUUACAGAAUGUUAUAUGGUUCCUUAAAUUU